AAGAAUAACCUGAAUGGUGAUAUCCCACUGUCUUUGUUCCAGAAGUCUAGAUUGGAUCAAAUUAGUUUUGGAGCUAGUGGAUUGUCGGUGGAAAUCGAUGUUCAAGAUCAACCCUUUGCGCAAACGUUCCAGCCCACGAUUUUGGAAUUUACAUCUUGUAACAUGAGAGGAGAAAUCCCAGAUUACUUUUCAAAUUUAACGAGCCUCAUGGUUUUAAUUUUGGCUAACAACAGCCUAUCAGGUGCUAUACCACACUGGUUGUUCAAUCUUCCUGCCCUCUCUAUACUAUAUUUGACUAUGAAUAACUUUGAGGGAGUUAUACCUCCAAUGAUUCAGCUGAAAUCUUCUCCUUAUCCAACAACAAUAAAUUUAGCCAGAAACAACCUUCAAGGUCCUAUCCCUUAUAAGUUCGAGAAUGUUGAUGUCAUCGAUUUGUCACUUAACAAUUUCGUAGGCUCAAUUCCAACAUGGAUAGGAGAAGUUCCCGGUAUCAGGUCCAUAUCAUUAUCCGGAAACCAAAUUCAUGGUCCAAUACCUGAAUCAUUUUGCCAAGUGACUAACGUUCUCCAGGUUCUUGAUCUCUCUAAUAAUAGCUUGUCAGGCACCAUUCGACACAGUUUGGGAAACUGCAAGUCUCUCAUUUACCUUAAUCUUGGACAAAACAAGCUCACUGGAAAUAUCCCAAAAGAACUUGAACGUGUUACAGGCCUUCGUUACCUUGACCUGAAUGGGAAUCAGUUCGAAGGCUCUUUUCCAAGAAUGAUUGAGAACUUUCAAGAUUUGGAGAUUCUGAACUUGGCAGGCAAUAGAUUUGAAGGACGAAUACCAAAGUUCAUCGGUAAGCUACACAGCCUCCGUAUUCUCGUGCUUGGAUCAAACAUUUUCAAUGAAUCUAUCCCGGAAGGGCUAAUGAAGUUGGAAAAUCUACAAUAUAUUGGUUUGUCCAUGAACAAUCUAUCCGGUCCGAUUCCUGAGAAUCUUGAUGGCUUGAAAAUGAUGAUGAAAAGACAAAAUGAGGCAACCAUCUUAGGUUAUGUUGGCUCCUUCAUGUUCGCUGGUGUUCAGCUAGAAAUAGUCACCAAAGGACAAACACACUGGCUUGAGUCAGUGUAUUCCUACCACACUGGAUUCGACGUCUCGAGCAAUGCUCUUACUGGUAAAAUCCCUGAGAAAAUCAGCCUUUUGAGUGGAAUCCCAAUGCUGAAUCUCUCACAUAACAAUCUUUUUGGACCGAUCCCAAAGACUAUCGGUGAGAUGAUUUCACUCGAGUCGUUGGAUCUUAGCUAUAACCAAUUAACAGGUGAAAUUCCAGUGACAUUAACACUGUUAGAUUUUCUUCAGUAUCUCAACUUGUCUUAUAACAAUUUGAGCGGACGUAUUCCAAGCAAUCCACAUUUUGACACUUUGUAUCAAGAUGGAACAACAUAUAUCGGGAACAAAUACUUAUGUGGUGUUCCUGAUGGGAUGAAUUGCAGUAACAACGGACCGUCUACGACUGAAAUAACAGAGAACAGAUAUGAUCAAGAAUAUUUUCUUUUUGUUGUAGUUGUAUUCUUUGGCUAUGUAACAGGAAUUUCUGGAGUAUUUCUGCUCUUAUAUUCUAUAGGUGACAAUUGGAGGAACAACUACUGGAGGGCAGUAGACAGAAUUGUGUUAAAAAUAGUGAAUUGUAAACCAUGAUAUGUAUAUAUUAAAUUUCUGCAAUAGAAUAAAACUGGCAAGGACUGUAGUCUUUGAGUUCAAUUUCACUAUUUUAAGUUCUGGCUACUUUGAUUAAUUUUUUUGGUUUUUGUUAAAGCAAAAGCAGUUGAAAUGACCACAUUUAUCUAGUGAUUCUCGUGUCCAAUCUCAGUGGA